AUGACAAACACUCCUGCAAGUACCGAUAGCCUCCUGGCACCGUCUAAAUUCUCGUCCGCAAUCGGCCCCGAUCAAAUCCUUCUCAUCACCAUCACCUGCCGCCUCCAUGACUCCCGGCGCGGCGUCGUUCCCACAGACAACGAUUUUUUCGAAUACAUCUUCGGUCCAUCAGACGUCGUGAGAACCUUGCGAGACUUCUGCUGGGACGAUGAGGUCUUCCCUUUAGGAGGUCCAAGUGAAGAACGCAGCAGGGACUUGAAAGAUUUUGAGUAUGUGAUGGGGGAGAAGGGGUGGAGUAGGGGAGGAGUGUGCUGCUUGGGUGAGUUCGUCCUGGUUGUACUCUAUGUGAAGCAUCCUGCUUUGUGGAUCGAAGGCUGA